AUGACGACGACCUCUAAGCUCGCUGUCCUCACUCUGUUUGCCCUGCUCGGCUCCGUGUCAUGCCAGGGCGGAGGCUACUCCUACCCAUCCCCGCAACCACCACCAAGCCCACCCGCGCCUACGCCCGCACCCCCACCCAGCCCAGGGACGCAACUCAUGGUCGGAUACUACAUGAACAAAUGUGGCGCUUACGUGGAUGUGGAGGCCAUUGUCAAGAAGCACGUCAAGGCCACUGAUGCUGGCAUGCAAGCCGGCCUUGUCCGUCUCUUCUUCCACGAUUGCUUCGUCCGUGUAAGACCUCCAUUGAUCAAAGCUAGCCAUACGUACCCUACAUGCAUGCAUAUAACCACUAUAUAUAGUAUUAAUUAG